AGCUCGUCUUUUCCCGUGCCACACCGGGAGCCGCAGCCCCUGUGUUAGGACUUCAGGUGCUCCUGGCACAAAGCUAGACUGCGACCUCCUACCUAGCGUUUGGCGUCACCUGCUCUCCCGGCCCUGCCCCGGGGGGCCGAGGGACUGCGCCCGAACCAGGCUUGUGAACCGGAUGCCUCUCAAAUGAACCUUUAGUGUUGCUUUGAAAAAGCCACUUUGUAACUCUUGACUGUGAAUAAUUUCCUCACACACCUGUUGGGCGGAUCGCUGACCGAGUAUGCCAUUUGAAAGGGCCUGCUGGUGACCAGAUAUUGGUGAUUAGAAAAGUGAAGUGUUUUUGUUUUUAUUUUUGUUUCCUGAGCAUUAUGAACAUUGACUUUUCACCCUUGAAGUAAAAAUGUUGAAAGCUGAGUCUUCAGGUGAACGGAGCACUCUCAGAAGUGCCUCUCCCCACAGGAAUGCAUAUAGAACUGAGUUCCAGGCACUGAAAAGUACUUUUGACAAACCCAAGUCAGAUGGGGAACAAAAAGCAAAAGAAGGUGAGGGCUCACAGCAGAGCAGGGGCAGGAAAUAUGGCUCCAAUGUCAACAGAAUUAAAAAUCUGUUUAUGCAGAUGGGUAUGGAACCCAAUGAGAAUGCUGCAGUCAUUGCCAAAACUAGGGGGAAAGGUGGAUCUUCAUCCCCUCAGAGAAGGAUGAAACCCAAAGAAUUUCUGGAGAAAACAGAUGGCUCUGUUGUUAAGUUGGAGUCCUCUGUCUCUGAACGAAUCAGUAGAUUUGAUACAAUGUAUGAUGGCCCCUCGUAUUCCAAGUUCACAGAGACACGAAAGAUGUUUGAGAGAAGUGUGCAUGAGUCAGGACAGAAUCACCGAUAUUCCCCCAAGAAAGAGAAGAGUGGAGCGAGCGAACCACAGGAUGAGUGGGGCGGGUCCAAAUCCAAUCGAGGCAGUACUGAUUCCUUGGACAGCCUUAGCUCCCGCACUGAUGCUGUCUCCCCGACUGUGAGUCAACUGAGUGCAGUAUUUGAGAACACUGAGUCCCCCAGUGCCAUCAGUUCUGAGAAGGGAGAAAGCAGUGAGUAUUCGGUGACUGGGCAUUAUCCCCUGAAUUUGCCGUCUGUUACUGUUACAAAUCUCGAUACCUUUGGCCACCUUAAGGAUUCUGAUUCUUGGUCUCCUUCGAACAAACACGAAGUUGAUACUGAGGAUGCUCAGAAGAGUAAUACAACUCCAAUAACAGAAGUGACUCCUAAGAGUGUAUCUCCAGCGUCAUUGCCUAGUGAAGAGACACAGCAGAGCAAGGAAGCCGAGGACUCCACAUCUAACCAAGAGACGCCGAGCAGAAUUGAUAAAGACAUUCCGGAAGAACCUUGUGCUGACAAUAAGGCAAUGCCAAGGUCUGCGAUCCUUUCACCACAAAAUGAACCUUCAGGAGGAGCUGGAGCUUAUUUGGUUGGGACUGAGGCAGCAAAACAACAGAGGAAAGAGCUUGCAACUGGUGGUCUCACCUCUCCUGAUGCUUCUACAUCCAGCUAUGGAAAAGAAGUACCUGAAGACUCCAGUAAUUUUGAGAGCUCCCAUGUGUACAUGCACAGUGACUAUAAUGUGUAUAGGGUAAGAUCCAGGUAUAAUUCAGACUGGGGAGAGACAGGCACUGAGCAGGAUGAGGAGGAAGAUAGUGAUGAGAACAGUUACUAUCAGCCCGAUAUGGAGUACUCAGAAAUUGUCGGAUUGCCAGAAGAAGAUGAAAUCCCAGCAAAUAGGAAAAUUAAGUUUAGUAGUGCUCCAAUUAAGGUUUUCAGCACUUACUCCAAUGAAGACUAUGACAGGAGAAACGAUGAAGUUGACCCUGUGGCCGCAUCUGCCGAGUAUGAACUUGAAAAGCGUGUAGAGAAGUUGGAGCUUUUCCCAGUGGAACUAGAAAAAGAUGAGGAUGGUCUUGGUAUAAGUAUUAUUGGAAUGGGUGUCGGAGCAGAUGCAGGACUUGAGAAGCUGGGAAUAUUCGUCAAGACAGUAACAGAUGGUGGUGCCGCCCAGCGAGAUGGCAGAAUACAGGUCAAUGACCAGAUCGUGGAGGUGGAUGGAAUCAGCCUGGUAGGCGUCACACAGAAUUUUGCUGCGACAGUUCUGAGAAACACCAAGGGCACCGUCAGAUUUGUUAUUGGGAGAGAAAAACCAGGACAAGUGAGUGAGGUUGCGCAGCUGAUAAGUCAGACCCUGGAGCAAGAGAGGCGCCAGAGGGAGUUGAUGGAGCAGCACUACGCCCAGUACGACGCGGAUGAUGAUGAGGUAACCAUGGAGGAUUUCAAUAAACCACUCAGACAGUCAGCACUGUGCCAUGAAAUUAUGGGGAACACUGUGGCUGAAUUGCAAGGAGUAUCUGGCAACUGCAAUAACAGUAACAACAAUUUCCUUAAGACAGGAGAAUACGCUACAGAUGAAGAAGAGGAUGAGGUGGGACCUGUGCUCCCUAGUGGUGACAUGGCCAUUGAAGUCUUUGAGCUGCCUGAGAAUGAAGACAUGUUUUCCCCAUCAGAUCUGGACACAAGCAAGCUCAGUCACAAGUUUAAAGAGUUACAAAUCAAACAUGCAGUUACAGAAGCAGAGAUUCAAAAAUUGAAGACCAAGCUGCAAGCAGCAGAAAAUGAGAAAGUGAGGUGGGAACUAGAAAAACACCAACUCCAGCAGAACAUAGAGGAGAACAAAGAAAGAAUGUUAAAACUGGAGAGCUACUGGAUUGAGGCUCAAACUUUAUGUCACACAGUGAAUGAACAUCUCAAAGAGACACAAAGCCAAUAUCAGGCCUUGGAAAAGAAGUACAACAAGGCAAAGAAAUUGAUCAAGGACUUUCAACAAAAAGAGCUUGAUUUCAUCAAAAGACAGGAAGUAGAAAGAAAGAAAAUAGAAGAUUUGGAAAAAGCACACCUUGUGGAAGUUCAGGGCCUACAAGUACGGAUUAGAGAUUUGGAAGCUGAGAUGUUCAGGCUACUGAAGCAAAAUGGGACUCAAGUUAACAAUAACAACAAUAUCUUUGAGAGAAGAACAUCUCUUGGUGAAGUCUCUAAAGGAGAUACCAUGGAGAACUUGGAAAUUAAGCAGACAUUUUGUCAGGAUGGCCUAAGUCAAGACUUGAAUGAGGCCAUUCCAGAGACAGAGCGCCUAGAUUCAAAAGCAUUGAAAACUCGUGCCCAGCUCUCAGUGAAGAACAGGCGCCAGAGGCCCACUAGGACAAGACUCUAUGAUAGUGUCAGUUCCACAGAUGGAGAGGACAGUCUAGAGCGAAAGCCUUCAGACAGUCUCUGUAACCACAUGCAUGUUACCAAAUCAUUCCCACCCAAGGGUCUGAGAACUUCUCCAGAAUCAGAUUCUGGUGUUCUACCCCUCACCCCAGCGGCUAGCCACACAUCCUUCUCAACUGACCACAUAGCUGAGUGUCAAGGACCGCCGCACCCAGAGGGGGAGCUUUUCUCCUCUGUCUGGGGAGGCACUUCACUUCCCUCACCUUCAAACUGUGACCAUGAUGCAGAAGACUCUCCUUGCAUCCAUCUGGCCGUCACCGAGAAAACACUACAAGAACAAGAUGAUGCCAAAUGUCCCAAAUCACCAAGGGCAUCCAGCUUGAUGGUACAAGGAGGAAAAAUUAAGAGGAAGUUUGUGGAUCUGGGGGCACCUUUGCAAAGGAAUUCCAGCAAGGGAAAGAAAUGGAAAGAAAAAGAAGCCAGUAGGUUUUCUGCAGGUAGCAGGCUCUUCAGAGGCAGGCUGGAAAACUGGAAGUCCAAGCCACACCCAAGAGCCCAGGUGGCCACCCAUUCCCCUUGCAUGCCUUUCUCGUGGUUUAAUGAAAGCCGGAAAGGAUCCUAUUCCUUCAGGAGCCCGCCUUCGCCUACAAGUCCCUUUCAGCCUUCUCCUGAGACUCUAAUUUCAGAUAAAACGAGGUCCAAGAAUUUUGCUUUCAAUGAUGACUUCAGCCCUAGCAGCACCAGUUCAGCAGACCUCAGCGGCUUAGGAGCAGAACCCAAAACCCCAGGGCUGUCUCAGUCCUUGUUGCUGUCGUCAGACGAGAUCCUUGAUGAUGGACAGUCUCCCAAACACAGUCAGUAUCAGAGUCGAGCCGUUCAUGAAUGGAGUGUGCAGCAGGUUUCUCACUGGUUAAUGAGCCUAAGUCUGGAGCAGUAUGUAUCUGAAUUCAGUUCCCAAAACAUCACUGGAGAGCAACUCCUGCUGUUGGAUGGAAAUAAACUUAAGGCUCUUGGAAUAACAUCAUCCCAGGAUCGGGCAGUGAUCAAAAAAAAACUGAAGGAAAUGAAGAUGUCUCUAGAGAAGGCUAGGAAGGCUCAAGAGAAAAUGGAAAAACAAAGAGAAAAGCUAAGGAGGAAGGAACAGGAACAAAUGCAGAGGAAGUCCAAGAAGGCGGAGAAGAUGACAUCAACUUCAACAGAGGGCGCUGGUGAGCAGUAAUAGAUACCCUCUUCCAGAGGGUGUGGAUGUUCAAGAGAAGUUCCACCUCUUCCUGCCUGCCUGGUUCUCCUCCAGAGGAUGAAGAAACUGAUGUUGGGGUAAUGCUGCUCUAGGCAGACUGAGGAACUGUGUGUUGAAUGACUGCGUUUUCUGCAAUAAUAAAAUGCACCCUUAAAUUUAUCCUCCUGAAAUAAGCCCAAGCCACCUUUGGUUUAUUAGCAAACCAGAAAUCUCAUUUAUGAGAGAUGCAAAGUCACUAAGUCUCUCUCCUCUCCUACUUAUCAACAUCCUGUCUUGUGCUGGGUAUGUUGUGCCACUUGGAGAACCUGCCAACUGGAGCACAGUUCCCCCUGGUGUUGCUGAGGGAGCACCUAGAAUGGUCAGGGUGGGAUCCUGAACUUGGGCAGCUGUCAUGAGAUCUAGGAUCUGUAUCGUUUCUAGGGCUGCAGGAUCUAGCCCAUGUAUGAGAAAGGUUCCCUCUCAGCUCUGUCUGGAGAGAGAGCUAGUCCCACUGUGGAAAUGUGGAUGCCCUGCCACAUAAUUACCUAUGGAGGGAAAGAGCAAGCACACUGUUCUGCUUUCUGGGCAUCAGAAAGAGAAAAAAAAUUAUAGUGAUUUAACUAUACAAGAAAGCAAAAGCCUUAAGAGCGUGUGUGUGGCAGCAAUACCUUGGGAUUCUAAGGGUAACAUUUAUCCUCCGGAUAUUGGUAAAGAAAGAAGAAAAAGUCAGACAUUAAUGCAGCCAUGGGAGGUUGAAAUCUGUUAUUUACUUUGCUACCACUGAAUGUUAAGUAUUUUAUCAACACCGGCAAACACAAUACAGUUCCUCUUCUUCCCCAACAAAUUGAACAGGAAAUUGAUUUUUAAGGAAACCAAUAUUUUCAGGUUUCUUCUCCCGGAGAACAUUCCAGCUGGUCCUUACCCUGCCUAUGACACAACCAGAAACUUGUCACAUAUUUUCUACUCAAAAUUUCCCAAGUGGGCUCAGUGUUUCGGCAGACACACUUUUUAAAAAAAUAGAAAUACAAGUUAGAAAAAAUUUAAUUUGAGCAACAUUCAACCACUGAACCAAUUUUUUGAGCAUACAGAACAUCCUAUAAAGAAGAGUUGCCAGAUACAUUUUAGGGAUGUUCUGAAUGGUUUAUCUGAGCAAUUCUCUUCCGCACCCUAGAGAUUUCUCCUGAACAGUUUGCUUAAGGCAGUAUAUGGGAUACAUUAUAGCAGUGGGAGGACUUUUGCUUAUUUUAAAGCCAGUGUUAAGGAAUUUGAUAUUUGACCAAACUGAGUUGAAUACAGGAGACUGGGGCAGAAGGAGGAGAAAAUAAAGUAAAUCUUGAGAAAUUUCAAAUUAUGAGGGUUUUUUAAAAAAAUGUCGUUUGUUUUGCUUCUUACGCUUACUCUCAUUCUCUUUGCUGCAUGAGCACCAAAAAUGAGGUCAUCACUUUCCAAGGGACAAGUUUUGAAGUAAGACUUGAGACCAUGAGAGUCUUUGGACAGGUGUCUCACUUCCUGUACAGUGGGCUUCUCUGCUUUGCUCCCAGCGCAUCUACUUCUCCACUGCAAGCGCUCCACACACACAGCCUGGCGAUGGUUCUCGAGGCCUGCACAUAACAGAGAACAUAAGGGGUUCUUCCCCAGAUAGCCCCGUUUCUCAUGUUCAACAUUAUGAGUUUAUUGCUUAUUAUUAUUAAUAUUUGAGUUCUGGAAUUAUGUAAACGAGAAAUUUAUGAUCCUGUUCUUUCCCUAAAGUCUGUGUAUUUUUCUAUACCAGAGAAUCAUCUAUUCGGAUCAUUCAUUCAGUCCUAAAAAAUAUUGACAUAGAAUAACACCGUGCUUACGAUGACCAGCGUUACUAUUACAUUUUUCUGUCUGUCUUCAUUUGAGUUAUCGUAAUGAAACUACCACACCAGAUACCUGUUAAUAUAGUGAGAUAUCUGGUGAUUUGCUAUUUGUUAAUAGCACUGGAAACCAAGAGCCACUAUUAAUGAACUUAAAAAUUCAGCAAAUCUUUCCCAAUACUAGAAGACUAAAUUAGUAAAUAUCUGGUAAUAUUAGUGCUUGCUAUUGUAAAUUUUUGCCAUUUUUGUUUUUCUUUGGGAAAAAAAAGUAACCUGGACCACACUGGAAAUUUCAUUGUUCUGAUUCAAGAGUAGAAAUAGAAAAAUAAUUAUUUUAUACUUUGCUUAUAUUUGAGAAUGAAUGUAUAUAUUGGAAAUGUCUAUAAGUGUGUCUCUGCCCAUAAUUUAUGAUCUAUUGUAUUUUCUUAAAUGUCUUAGAAGUAUUGUUCCUUAAUAUAACAUUAUUUGUACACUCCAGAUUUUAGAUUAAUAUCCAGCUGACAGUGUUAAAAAUCAAAUUCUUAUUCCUCAAGUCAUUCAGUUUGUAUUGUAACCAUCUUGAUUUUAAGGUAAAUUAUAGCAAUUUUAGCUAUAAAUGAGUUCAUUUAACCUUACUACUUAAAACUGCUGAAGUUGUAAAAGGCACUUGAUUUGAUUGCCCAACGAAAGAUAAAAUGUAAACUGAUGGUUACAAAGGUGAAGGACCUCAGAUCUUGUGAGCAUUUUGUUUUCUUAUUAUUUCUUUUAGUGACUGUAGUGCAUGAUGACUAAUUAAGGUUAUAGUGUCUUACACAACUCCUACUUUAAUGCUAGUAUUUCUCAGUGUCCCUGUAAUUUGACACAGAGUUGUUACUUCAUGAACCUUAAAGACUUUGCAUUUUUAUUAUCAAAAAAUGAACAUAAAGGGAAUAUGUGGUUACUUUGAAGUAUAUUCUAGUAAAGAAUACCUCAGCAUGGCUGUAACAUAGCCAGAGGGGUUUGGGGUAUGGGUCAUGCUUUGGAGGGAGAGGUAUGUGGCGAGACUAAACUGUAGACAGUGAGCACUGUAGGAGUAAUGUCUGGGUCAGGUUUCCACUAAGGAGCUCCAUAACAGAUUACUCUGCUGAAGACUGCCUCUCUUACAGUAACUUACUUCUUUUGGGGGGUGCUGAAUCAGAAGCAUUCCUUAGUGUUCACUUAGGGCAGAAAGCCCAUAUCAUCCGUGUUAGUACUCUGAGGAAGUCUGCCUUUGCUUUCAUUACAAGAAAGCUGUUCUGUGGCUGUCAUCCUUCAGCUGGGGUCCAUGUGGAUGUCUCACCCCCAGCUGCACACGGCCCUUAAACCCACCAGUUCACGAUUGCAGUAUGAUGAGUAUUAAUGCCAGACACAGCUUCUAGCUGGCACCAUAUGAGAACUUCUACCCUAGGCCCCUUUGCUGUUGGGAACAAAAUGGAAAGAAGGAAAGUGAGAACACAUUAGCCCCAGCCACUGCCUGUGACUCCAGUCAUUAAUUGGAAAUCCUAAAACAUUCUAGGCCCAACAUACAAGAAUGUCCACAGGUUUUUUGAUCCAGAGACACAGCCUUUAUGAUUUCUGCUGAAGAUGAAGGAAUCUCACGUGUGUUCUUUGUGCAUUAAGAUUAACAUAUUCUCAAAAGUUACGGUAUAAAAAGGUAAAUGAAAAUUGUAUUUAUGCAGAUAUUGUAAAUCAUUUAUAAUCAUGAAAAGUUAGAAUAGACUGUUAACCAAUUGUGUUCAGGAAAAUUCUGAAGGAAAGAGUCUCAACACUUCUGAAAGAAACAUUUGUACUUUGGAGAUGUAGCCAUUUCAUUACACAGAGAUAUUUAAGAAUUACCAAGUUCUACUUGAGUAGCUCCAGUGGAGCUAGAGACAUGGGGCAUGCCACGUGGGUGGACAGCAGUCACUAAUGUUCAUGUCACCUGCUUUAACACUUAAGACUAAAAGUAAAUUGGAAAUGAAAAUCCUACCUUUUCCAUUUUUUCUAAUUCACUUUUAACUAAAGACCUACCUGUACACAAUUCUAAAGGUAAUUAUUUAAGGAUGAGAUCCAGAUGUAAUAUGUCUGUAUUUUCCACCAAAAGUGUUCUCAGGAUGAUGGGGCAAGGGAGGGCACAUUCUCAGAAAGCAGUAUUACAGAAAAUCCAAAUGUGCUUCAGCCAUCUACUCCUGAAAACCAGCCUGGGUAUGUUAGCAGAUUUUGUUUGCAUUUGUCUUGAGUAUUUUAAAGACUCAGGAAAUACAGCCUUGAUCCAAAACACUGAGGGGAAAACACCAAACAAAACACAGUUUAAUAACUUGAAGUAGCAGCAUAGAAUAGGCCCAACUGAGAGACUAGAAGGAAGAUAAAAAGUUUACAGAAUCAACUCCCCUGGAAAGUGAUAACAAGUCCUAUUUAUGGUGGGCAGAGGACCUUCCAUGGUCAGACCUGGGUCCCUAUUGAGCAGAUGGUUAGUACUUGAAUGUUCACAUAUGGGAGUGUGUGGACCAAGCACAGCCCAUGUCCCAGAUCCUCAGAGGAGGGAAGGAAAGAAACAUGCUUUCCAGUCAUUGGCCCAAGCCCAAAACCACUUGGGAUUCAGCAGUGAAUGAUAGGUAAGGAAUAAGAGAACAAUAAAUAAUUUCUCAACAUGCAUGCCAUUUGUGUAGACGUUCAGAACCACAUAUGUGUAGAUGUAUUUCUCAGCCUACACGUGUACAUCACAAUCCCAUGGCAUAAAACUGAAUAUGGAGCCUGGUGAUGUCAGUUAUGACCUUGAGCUGUAACCACGGCCUUAUUGCCACAUUUUGUGAUGUCUACACAUUGAGCAGCCCAUUGAUUUUAGGAUUUUUAAACUGUAAGUAUUCCUACUAAAUGCACUUAUCUUUCUACAUGUUUAAAUAUUUUGGUAAAAUUGAUUUAUUAGAUACUUGGUAUUUUAAUAAGAUAAAACUUCCUCAAGUGUUUGGUUAAUGCUUUCAUUUCAAGAUUGCACAUUUUUGAGUUAGAGCUCAGAAGAUAUUAUGCAGCUUUGGGCAUUUUCAACUGCAGACUGCAGUUUUCUUGGCUAAAAAUUGCACUGUGUGUUCUUGUGCAUUGACUUCUAAGAUGACAUCAGUAGCUGUGAUGCUAAAGUCACCACUGCCUCUGAUGGCAGUGUAGCCAUUACAUGACCAUUUAUUUACUUAUUGUGCCAAAUAAUGGCAUUUUGGUCAUCUUGUGCUAAGUAAUGGCAUUUUGGAUGUCCCCAAAAAUAAAGUGAAUCAUUUUAAGUGUGAGUUGUUGGAAGGUGUACACUUCUGUUUCUUUCAGCUCUUUUAUUCUUACACUUAGGCUUUCUGUUCAAGAUUUAAUCAUCCACUCAUGAAAGAAGAAUUGGCCAAAAAUAGAUUACCCAAAAAUGGCAGGAAGGGCCACCCUGGCUAGAUAAGACCUCCCAACAACAUCGAAUGUAGUUAGUGCUUAGUGAAGUCCUUUAAAUCUAUAUGCAUAUGCUUUCCUCAAUAUUAAUAUCAGAACUGCUGCUUUUGUACUUUUUAAUGGUGUUGCGAUUAAACCACAAUUAUACCUGCUACAUAUUACUAACAAAGCUGGGCAGCUGAGAAAUAAAAGGGAAUACAUUCUGUUCUGUAAGGAUUUGAUUCACUUUCAUAUUUCUUUUUCACUAAAGAAAGUUGUUUGAAAAUAAAUUUGAGUCCAAAAAGUAUGGGUAGCAUGUUACCUGAACUUUUAAUUUCUACAUUUUGAUGUCUGAUUAUUUGCAUGGAAGAGACAGUAGUGCAAUGUCUGAAUUGUUCUCUUGUGCUUGGUUAAUAUGUACCAUUUCAAAUGCCAUUCCUUAUGCUUUUGUUUUCAGAGAUACUCAAAGCAAAAUAUACCAGUGGUCUUUUAUUUUCUGACCAAUCUAAAAAUACCUGUGAUUAAAUUUACUUUGUUAAUGUAAAUAAAAACUUCUUGCCAAUGAGUAUUAUUGUUGUUAGACAACGAAUGCAAUAAAAAGAGAAAUAUGGA